UCCCCCGGCCCGGCGCUGCCGCCUGAGCCACUUCGCUGCAACUUCUGCGGCCGCGUGUCGCCGGCCUUCUGCCCGCCUUGGAAGUUUGCAGCGCUCGCCACAAAGUUGGGACACUUGGGCAUUACAUUUUGCCCUAGCGUGCAGGUCCCCUCGGUUGGUGGAUCCUGGUACUUGACAUCUUGGUGGGAUCCCGGGACCUGGGUUUUGUCCGCACAGCACACUCCCGGGGAGAAAAAAAAUAACCAACCAAACAAACUUUCCUCUUCCCGCUAGAAAAAACAAAUUCUUUAAGGAUGGAGCUGCUCUACUGGUGUUUGCUGUGCCUCCUGUUACCACUCACCUCCAGGACCCAGAAGCUGCCCACCCGAGAUGAGGAACUUUUCCAGAUGCAGAUCCGGGAUAAGGCAUUGUUUCACGAUUCAUCCGUGAUUCCAGAUGGAGCUGAAAUCAGCAGUUACCUAUUUAGAGAUACACCUAGAAGGUAUUUCUUCAUGGUUGAGGAAGAUAACACCCCACUGUCAGUCACAGUGACACCUUGUGAUGCGCCCUUGGAGUGGAAGCUUAGCCUCCAGGAGCUGCCUGAGGAGUCCAGUGCAGAUGGGUCAGGUGACCCAGAACCACUUGACCAGCAGAAGCAGCAGAUGACUGAUGUGGAGGGCACAGAACUGUUCUCCUACAAGGGCAAUGAUGUAGAGUAUUUUCUGUCUUCAAGUUCCCCAUCUGGUUUGUAUCAGUUGGAGCUUCUUUCAACAGAGAAAGACACACAUUUCAAAGUAUAUGCCACCACCACUCCAGAAUCUGAUCAACCAUACCCUGACUUACCAUAUGACCCCAGAGUUGAUGUGACCUCCAUUGGACGUACCACAGUCACUUUGGCCUGGAAGCAAAGCCCCACAGCUUCUAUGCUGAAACAACCCAUAGAGUACUGUGUGGUUAUCAACAAGGAGCACAAUUUCAAAAGCCUCUGUGCAGCAGAAACAAAGAUGAGUGCAGAUGAUGCCUUCAUGGUGGCGCCCAAACCUGGCCUAGACUUUAGCCCCUUUGACUUUGCCCAUUUCGGAUUUCCAACAGAUAAUUUGGGUAAAGAUCGCAGCUUCUUGGCAAAGCCUUCUCCCAAAGUGGGGCGCCAUGUCUACUGGAGGCCUAAGGUUGACAUCAAAAAAAUCUGCAUAGGAAGUAAAAAUAUUUUCACAGUCUCCGACCUGAAGCCCAAUACCCAGUACUACUUUGAUGUCUUCAUGGUCAAUACCAACACUAACAUGAGCACAGCUUUUGUGGGUGCCUUUGCCAGGACCAAGGAGGAGGCAAAACAGAAGACAGUGGAGCUCAAAGAUGGGAGGGUCACAGAUGUGGUCGUUAAAAGGAAGGGGAAAAAGUUUCUACGGUUUGCUCCAGUCUCCUCUCACCAAAAAGUCACCCUCUUUAUUCACUCUUGUAUGGACACUGUUCAAGUCCAAGUGAGAAGAGAUGGGAAGCUGCUUCUGUCACAGAAUGUGGAAGGCAUUCGGCAGUUCCAGUUAAGAGGAAAACCCAAAGGAAAGUACCUCAUUCGACUGAAAGGCAACAAGAAAGGAGCAUCAAUGUUGAAAAUACUGGCCACCACCAGGCCCAGUAAGCAUGCAUUCCCCUCUCUUCCUGAUGACACAAGAAUCAAAGCCUUUGACAAGCUACGCACUUGCUCUUCAGUCACGGUGGCUUGGCUUGGCACCCAAGAGAGGAGAAAGUUUUGUAUCUACAGAAAGGAAGUGGGUGGAAACUACAGUGAAGAGCAGAAGAGAAGAGAGAAAAACCAGUGCCUAGGACCAGACACCAGAAAGAAGUCAGAGAAGGUCCUUUGCAAGUAUUUCCACAGCCAAAACCUGCAGAAAGCAGUGACGACAGAGACAAUCAGAGAUCUGCAACCUGGCAAGUCUUACCUGCUGGACGUUUAUGUUGUAGGACAUGGGGGACACUCUGUGAAGUAUCAGAGUAAACUUGUGAAAACAAGGAAGGUCUGUUAGUUACCUUAAGUGAAGAUCAGUAGAACUCCCGGAGAGAUAUGGAAUCACACUGCCUGUUACUGACUACUCUCAUGACAAACAGAAGUUGUACUUGAAAGAAAGGAUAACAACAUGUGUACAUUGAUGCCUGUCUAAUGUAACGUGGAGACUUGUAUUCACGCACACCUGUGGUACUUAGGGUCCAUCUGUCUAAUGCUGGCUAAUGUCAAAGGAAGAGAGUAUCUUGAUGGAUGCCACCCCUUACUUUGACCAUUGCAUGAACUGCUUCUAAAUUAUUUUAUUACCUAAAAUUUUAAAAUAUGCCAUUCGUUGCACACAUUCACAAAUGCAAAUCAUUCCUCUCUAUAGAUGUUAGGGGAAAUUUAUAUAUAAAUAUAUAAAUAUAAAUUAUUUUAUAAAGUCUGUUUUAAAUGUUGGUGUUUCUAUUAUUGUAAGCUAUUAAAUUUUUUCUCUGUUAAAGUAUAGACCUAAUCUAAGAUCGCAUCACUCUCUAAGCAGUAAUAUUGUUGUAAAUUCUUAUUUGUUCAGUAAAACGUUUAAAUGCUGUCAGUAUGUAUCCCAUGUAAAAACUUGAUAUACAAUAUAUUCAUGUACAUAAAAUUAAGAAUAUUAGAUUAUUACACUGUUCAUUUUUCCAAGCAGUACUGUGGUAUAUUCAAUCUCUUACCUGUCCUUAAAACUGCUUUUCUGUAAGUUGGCACCAAAAUUUAGUCUUAUUCAGUAGCUAGGAGGAAAUGUUGCCUGUCUUGACAUUUACUCUGCAGGCUCUACCAAAGGAGCAUGAGGGCACUUUUAUCCUCUACAGACUUUACUUGGAAAUCCCAAGGCAUCAUGGAACCACAAGAUUCAGAAACACUGGUAAUUGUUAAUCACCUAAAACAAUAUGACUUUAGGAGGAUGUUACUGCCCACUAUUCCCUUUCCCAUUGAAAAAGUUAAGGAAAUGGUAGGUGUGGACACAAUGACACCGUGAAAUACCUUCUAUCAUAAGAAAUUGUCAUUUGUAAAAUCCUGACUCUAAACCCUUGUGUUCUAUGGCUACAGUGGGGACAGGCACAAUGGUGCUGUCCACUGCAUGCUGGCACAGCCUUUGCUGUCAAGAGUUCACCAGCGUCAUUGCUAUGGAGUAUAGGAAUACUAUGGCUGAGACAGGGCUACUUAUAACUCCCUAUGAUGUGUGCUCUACCUUACCUUAAGAGAAAAUAGACUGUUGUGCCAUACUCUCUAACUCCUUGGCAGUAACUUUCAGCAAAAUUAAUGCAUCCAUGCGAUGCAGGAACAAUAUCUGAAAUAAUUUUUUGAAAGCUGACGACUAUAUACCAAUGCUUUAUUUAAGUAGCUUCAAUAAAUGGAGAAACUGACAAAUGAA